AUGUCCCUUCCCGCGAACGUCAUCAACUCCAUCCUCCCCAGGCCAACGCUUCAGGACCUUCCCCAGAACCAGUCAGACAUUGACAAUGACAUCCACUACCUACUCAACUGGUUGAGUCCCUACUUCCCCAGCGAUUUGGCAGCUCAAAGUAAGCAGAGGCACAACAGCUCGCACAAGUCCACCAUAGCACCAUCCCAGCGACUUCGCUCAGCCAUCAGAUCGUGCCUCAAGGACGACUCCAGCCAGCAGGAGUUCGUCAGGUUGUACAUCAACUCUAUCAAUCGUGAAUUCCAUCGCUUCUUUUCCACCACCAGCCUUGACGAUUUCGAAUUCAUGGACUACUACACGCUUAUCCGCUUGGUUCUUGACUACUACAAUGGAUGCAUUGCCCAGUUGCACCUAAGCCGUUUGGUGAAGAACUUGUUCCAGCGUAACUUGAACGCGUUGUUCCAGACCCAUCUCAUCGGAAGCCACUCUAACUCCCGCUUCUUGGGCUUGUUACGAGACUACUUGAGUAGUUGUCUCGUCACUCCCCUCUUGGAAUCUCCCACCACGCACAAGAACUCACACAAUCCCUCCAAGACCCUCAUAGACGUCAUCACCACUCUCUCGUCGCUAAAUAUGACCAACGAAGUCAACUACAUCUUGAUCCGACUCUCGAUCCAGAAAAUCCAGAAGUAUGUGGCUCUCAACUGCUCGCGUGUUUGGGACGUCGCUUUGCUCCACCAAAUCAGUCAGUUUAUCCAAAGCGAAGUCUACUCCAAUUUUUCAGUGAUCGUUGCUUAUUCCACCGACUCGGGCCUUGCAGACGAAAUAAACAAUGCUUACUUGUACGAGUUGAUCAAAAUAGCAUACGAUGAACUUGUGUCAUUGAGAAUCAAGGAGAUAUUCGAAUUGGUUGUGAGUUUCCCAUCCAGUAGGAUUGCCCUCGAUGAACUAUACCAAUGCUUACUGAUCAAAUAUAACCACGACCACUACAAUGAUCGCAGUCAUCAUGACAUAAGCCAAACCCACAACUUAAUUAACGAUGUAACGAACUUGACCAGUUUUGAAAAUCUAGCAAAUUAUUCUCUCAAGACACAAUCAUACCAAAGAUCCAAAUUGGUGGAAACCUUCAUAGACUUAUCACAUUCCCACCUACUCCACUCGGGUUCAAAUACUAUUGAUGUGAUAACAACCUACACCAAGACUAUUAAUUCCUUUUUGAUCAUAGACCCUAAGGGAGUUUUGCUCGACAAGGUAGUUCGUCCAAUCAGACGGUACUUGAAGACCAGAGAAGAUAUUAUAAUCAAGCUUGUUCACGGUCUCUUGGAUGAAAAUGACGAAGCAAAAUUAGGCUUAGCACGGGAAUUGCGAGCUACUAAAAGGAAUAAGUCUACUUACACAAGUGAAUCUACGAACAUUGAAGAUGGUUUGGACCUUCAUUGGAUUCCUGAUCCAAUAGAUGCAUUGCCAGAUUUUAAGAAAGGUAAGGUGAGUGAUAUUAUUGAAUCUUUGAUAUCGAUCUUCGACUCAAAAGAUAUAUUUAUUGAUGAGUUCACCAAGUUAUUUGGAGAAAAGUUGUUGCAAUUGCAUAACUAUGAUGUUUCUGAGAUUGAAGAACAUUUGGACCUCCUCAAGACCAGAUUUGGAAAGGGAGAAUUCACCAUGUUGGACAUCAUGAUCAGAGAUAUCCAAGAAAGUAAAAUCAUUAACGAAAUCUUACCGACCGGCUCUUCCAAUCCUCGCUUUCACUCUUCAAUAUUGUCCCAUCUUUAUUGGACCAGUUUGGAAAGCAAAGAACUACGUGUUCCAGAACUUAUCCAAAACAAGUUCGACGACUACAAUAGUAAAUUCUCCAAACUCAAAAGAGGCCGCAAUUUGAAGUUUGUACCAAAUCUAGGCUUGGUCAAAUUGAACUUGAAGUUUAAGAAUAGGACUAUGUACUUUGAAGUCAGUCCGGACAAAGCAGCUGUGAUAUCACUAUUUGAUGAAGAGGAAAAUGAGCUUUCAGUUGACUCCAUUGCAAACAAGUUGAACAUGAGCCAGUACGACGUUUCGAAAUGCUUGAGUUUUUGGGUGGGUGAAAACGUGUUACUUGAGCUUACCAGAACGUUGUACAUAAUUAACGAUGAUGAAGAAGAUAUCCCGUUUGAGGAAACAGGAAACAGUAUCCCAUCUAUUUCAGCCGCUUCGACAGAAAGUGUGGGCAAUAAAGAACACGAGUUGAUUGUUCUUUGGCCCCAUUUGAAUACAAUUUUGGAGAAUAUAACUUCGUUGUCCUUUGAAAGAAUAAAGAGCUUGUUGAAAUUAACAGUUCCCAAAGAAAAGAUGGAUUUAACCACACUAAAGGACUCGCAACUUGAGGACUUUCUCGAUUGGUUGGUGGAUGAAAACAAGAUCUUGCUUAGUGCUGGCACUUACAAAUUAAAAAGGUAA